UUUUAUCCCAAUCAUCACGUGAUGUCCGCAAUUCUCGGAGUAGCGGCAGCAGUGUGAUCAAUGAUGUAGGCAUGGCUAAGCCUCAUCACAUAGCUCUUCAGCAAUAGCUCAACCAUGCCACUUCAUGUCACGCCCUACCCUCACGUUCUCAACUCCCUCAAUGGGCCUACAGCACCUAAAUACACUUACCUGAUAUUCUAUUCUUCAUUCGUAGAUGGGCAAAUGUGGUGUCCAGACUGUAGGAACGCAGAACAGAAUGUCAAGGAGGUAUUUGAAGGAGACGACAAGCCAAAGGGUGUCAUCCUAUACGUCGGUGACAAGCCCACAUGGAGAGAUCCAGAGAAUGAAUACAGGAAAGAGUACAAACUUCGAGGAGUACCCACCAUGAUUCGGAUGGAAAAUGGAAAGGAAGUAGCUAGGAUAGAGGAAGAUGAGGACUUCCUGGACAAGGGCAAGCUGGAGGCUUUUGUCAAUGUUCAAUAGAGUUUUGGACGGCGACGUCUGGCAUCGGAUCAAUCCAUGUCUGCUGUUCACAUUUUUAGAAGCAUUGAGCUGGGUCGCUUCCCAUGCAUGACGAUAUCUUGCCG